CUGGGUUCAGCCUCUGCAUUUUAACAAUUUCAUUAUUACAAGUUCUAUCAAAAAAUGGGUUUGACCCCUGAGAAAAAUAAUCCAUCACAUUAGCUGUAUUAAGGAUAGGAAUCCAGGCUGAAUCAUGCCAAGAAAGACUCAAAGGAUUAUCUGGGAUGCUUGCAGCAGGCAUUCCUAAUCUGCUAGCCAUCAUUUUUAAGAUUCCUGUUAAAGUUAUUGACUUAUCAUCCCACAACUCCUACUGUUCUACUACUCCCACACUACUCCUGUGCCUUAGACCCUACCACAUAUCACACCACAGGGCUACAGGGCACACAGUGUCACAGUACUCACAGUCUCUUAAAAAAUUGAAAUGGUGAAAAUUUUCGUUUUGUUAGGUUAAGUGGGAAAAUGGGGUGGGGAGUGGAAACUGGUGGAACUCGUGAACUCAGUGAAAAAGUUAUUUUUAGUUGAAGUUAUGAUGAAUAAUGAAAAUGAAAAGGUGAAAUUGGAGGUUCUUCCUCUACAUGACCAUCUAGAAUAUCUUAUGGAUUGCUGCAAAAUUAUAAAUAAUGAAUGGAAGAGAUCCGACACAGCACGGUUACACAGCUUGAAGAGUUCCUGCAAGGAAUUACCAACAUCACUUAUCCUUCUACGCGAUAGGAUUCUCAUUGGUCAUUCGAAAUUGUCAAUUAUACCUAGCAUGACAAAUGCAUGUUUUGUGGAAUCAGUUGUGAUUGACGAAAAUUUCAGAGGACAAGGGUAUGGUUCUUACUUGAUGAAAGAAACCGAGGAGUAUUGCAGAAAUAUUUUAAGUUUAGACAGAAUAUAUCUAUCAACAAAAGGACAAGAACCAUUCUAUUGUAAACUGGGAUAUACUGAGUGUUUGCCCGUUUCGAUAUAUGGAAAUCAUGUAUCCAAAUCAUUACUUGAUCAUAAUAAUCAUGACAGGAAAGAAGGAAUGAACAGCAGCCUUGAUAAACUUGUUAUAAACGUCCAUAAAAUAUCCGAAAAUGAAGCAGUGCUCUGGUCAUUACAAUUUAAAAUGGACCCACAUACAAAAGUACCAAUUUCUAGGACAUAUUUUACCUCAUCAGCCGAGGAAAAUUUCAAUUGUUCCCGUGAAAACAAGUUGACCCUUACUUAUGAAAGAUUCAAAAUACAUUCGGAGAAUAUCAACUGUGUUAAAGUUGAGAAUUUCGAAAAUUCUGGGUUAAUAGCUGGGAAACCUGUGUUGAAUAUUCCCACAAUGAUAAGGUGCCAGAAUUGUGAGACUAAUUUUCCAACAAGGUACCAAUAUCAAAGACAUCAAUGUGAGUUUGAUGCUGAAAAAGUGGUUUUAAAACCUGAAACAGACUGCAGCAACAUCGAUCCUAAUGAUACAAAUAAUAAAGGUGAUAAACACAUAUGCGAACUUUGUGAUAAGCAAUUUGUGAAUAAAAAUAAUUUAGAACGUCAUCAGGCAAGUCAUGAAAUUAUCCUAAAGAAUAUAUGCGAACAUUGUGAUAAACAAUUUGUUACUGAGAAUAGAUUGAGAAUACAUAAAGAAAACCACUGCAAGAAGGCAGGUGAUGUUUCGAAAUUUUAUAGAAGUGAUGUAGCUGUUUGGAAGUGCAGGAGAUGCCAUGAAGUUUUUUCUUCACCAUUGUCCGCAAAGUAUCAUACCUCAGUUUGUAUGGAGUACAUCAAUUAUGAAUCUGCUGAACUGUCAGAUGGUAAACAAUCAUUCAUUUCACAGAAUGGAGAAAAAAGGUCAAUUAUUCCUGGGAAUGAAAAUGCAGAUAUAUAUUCAGAUGAAGAUAAAACUAUUGAAAAGGUGCAGACCGAGCUAUUGUUACAAUGUGAAUUUUGUAACAGAACAUAUGCAGAAAAGAAUGUACUCCUGAUGCACCAAAGAAAACAUACCACAGUGAAAAAUUAUGAAUGCGUUAAUUGUUCCCAAGUGUUCGAUUCAUACAUCACAGCUGCACAACACUGGAUGAAAAAAUGCACAGAGUAUGUGAGUCUAUUUUAUUUGCCGAAAUUCACUUUCUGUGAAUAUUGCAACAGAACCUUCAAGUCCCAUGAAUUACUUUACACACAUAAAAUAAAAAAGAAACACUAUACCCCAAAAUUCCAUGAAUCAUGCGAUCUAGAAACUGAUAUUGACAGUAGCAUCAAAGAAAAAUCCGUGGACAAUAAGGAAAUUUUGAACAAACUUAUAGAAGAUGUCUUGAAAACGCUUGAUGUUCCAAUUACCAAACUAUCCAAUACUUACACUUCAAGCAUUCAAAUCAAUAACAACAAUCAGCCCAUAAUCGAUAUUGCUAAAAUCAAGAUGGAAAAUGAAGAAUGUGAAAGUAGUCACAGCUUUGAACUGACUGAAAAAAGGAGGCGCGGUAGAAAAAGAAAAUACCCCAAUAAGAACCAAAUGCCAAAACUCGGGAAACUCAACUAUGAAAUAGAAGAGGGAUAUAAAUAUCAAUGUGAACGAUGUGUCAAAGUUUUCGAAAAUAUCAGCAAUCUUGAGAAGCACCGUGAUAAAGAACAUGCAGCCAAUUUCACGUGUGAGGACUGUGGACAAGUUCUCCAGAGUGCCAAAGCAUUGUUGAUCCAUAGUCGUGCUCACAAAUGUUUGAAACCCUAUGUGUGUGAAACAUGCGGACGAAGUUACUCCCAGACUUCUCACCUGUGGCAACACAUGAGGUUUCAUCAAGGAAUAAAACCAUUCGCUUGUCCUCAUGAAGGCUGUGAGGCGAGAUACACCAUAAGGCCUGACUUGAAGGAUCACAUAAGAAAAGUGCAUACCCGAGAGAGGCCUUUCAAGUGCAACGUUUGUGACAAAUGCUUCUUGACUGGGUCUGUAUAUUACCAGCAUCGAUUGAUACAUACCAAUGAUAGGAGAUAUGCUUGUGAUUUGUGUCCCAAGAGGUUCUUUCGUGCUGAUGCCCUCAAUAAUCACCGAAGAAUUCACACAGAUGAGCGCCCCUAUCCAUGUCAUGUCUGUGGAAGAGAGUUUAGGCAAAAAGGGGAUAGAAAUAAACAUAUCAGGACUCAGCACCCUGAUACCAUGCUUAUGAUUUGAAUGAUUUGAAUGUAGCUUUGGGUAUUAUUUAUUAUUGUUGAUGAUAAUUAUUGAAAUUAUGGACGAAUUGUUAUGCUAAUGGAUGCUUGAUAUCCAUCAUAACCAUUAUAAUUACUGAAAAAGUGCAAUGAGUUUGAAGAAUCAUACUUACUUACAUUUAUC